AUAAUGUUCAAACUGACAAAUUAGACACAGAAUAAAUAGAUUUAAUGGUCUAAUGAAAAAUAAAGAAAAAAGAAACUUAUUUUAGACAGUCCAGAGUCAAAAGAGACUAUUACAAUUAUACCAAAAUAAGUUAGAUAUUGAUUAUAAUUUAGUAAUUGAAAGUACCAAGUUCAAGUAAAUUACCUAAGCAUUUUAUUUCUGUACCUAAAAAGAAAGCAAGACUUAAAUAAUAGACUUAAGAAGAAUGUCCAAUUUGUAUGAUGAAUCUAGAUGAUGUCUAAAAUGUUUGUGAGAUUGAUGUUUGCAAACAUUAGAUAUGUUUAACUUGUAUUAAAGAAUGGGCAGAAAAUUAUAAAACAUAAUGUCCCUGUUGUCGAGCAAAAUUCAAUUUUAUCUAUCCAAUAAAGGAUGGGAAAAGAGAAAACAACCCAAUAAAAUUAAAUUUAAAUUUACCAAAAUGGAAUUAAGAAGAAGAUGAAUUUUAUGAAGAUGAUAGUGAUUAUGAUGAUGAAGAGAGAUGCUAAGUUUGUUAAUGUUCACACACUCCUUAUUUAAUGUUAAUUUGUGACAAAUGUAAUGAUGCAUUUUGCCACACUUUUUGUGAUCCAGCUCAAUUAGAAUUCAAAGUACCAAGUAGUAAAUGGUAUUGUUUGAAUUGUAGAAAAUCAAAAUUUAUUUACAACAAACAUAAAUGA